AUGGCUCCUAUACUGUUAGACUCCAAUAAUGCUGAUACUCAGAGCAAUGGAGUGUCAAAGCUCCAGGAGCCACGGUCGGGACUGGAAUUGGUGCUUAAUGAACGCUGGCAAAGUCUUCUGUACUUGAUCGAGGCGCUUGAUGCUCCAACUGCCAUCAAAGACGAGCAUUUUGAUGUUCAGCUUCAGCGAGUGCUACAAUUGGCAUGGGUUGUCACUAUGCGCGCCUUUGCAUCCUCUACAACACUCUAUGUGGGACAGAAAUACCUCAAAGGCCAGUGCUUUGUUGGCGAGACACAAGACUGUGCUGAAUCUACGACUCAAAUCCAUGUCGAUACUUAUGAGACACUGCAGAAUCUCUUCGCGCAGAUGAUCAAAAGUCUCGAAGCGAUAUCGCCAAAACUUUUGACAACCCAUGUCAAUGGAUUUUCCAAGACCGUUGAUGCCCGUGCCAUGUUCAAUACUACUAUUAUUUACCGGCAACAACCAAUACGUGGGUCUGAAAACGGGGUUAAAGCCUGCAUGAACCGAUGCCACUCUUGCUGUCCACAAGCCAUUUCUGAAUACCUGGACGAUGAGGUUCCUGUAUCGGGACUUCGACUGGACAUUCAACGAACCACCAACAAUCAUCUUGUCGCUCGACUCGACGGGGGCAUCACUUUCAGUAACCCACCAUUGGCCACUAGCUUACUACGUAGCUUCAACCAGGCCCUCUCGUCAAUCGUGUCUCUCCCAAAACAAUCUAUUGGCACGGUUGAACUGUGCUCGAUGCACGACCGUGAGCAUAUUAGUAGCUUUACUCGCUCGCUUGCACCGGCUCAAGAUGCACUUCUGCAUGACCUUUGCUUGCGACAUGCCACAACAACCCCUGAUGCACUUGCCGUUCGUUCCUGGGAUGGCGAUCUCACCUAUCUCCAACUCAAUGAUUAUGUCUGCAGACUAGCUCACUGGCUAUCUGGGAAGGGAGUUGCACCGGGGGUCUUUGUCGCAUGUACUUUCUACAAAUCGACAUGGGCGAUUGUGGCCCGUCUAGCAAUUCUCAUGGCUGGGGGUGCCUAUCUUUGUGUGGAUGCCCGCGAUCCACCCCCAUACCUGGAGUCAGUCUUGGAGAGAAGCCGCAUUCAAAUCAUGUUGACCUCGACGGGCUUUGCUCAGAAAUAUGCAAAAAAAGUGGAUGUUCAUUUUGAAGUGAGCGAGUCGUCUCUCCAGGCCCUUCCGUCGUUCCCUGAUAAUCCUAGCUCUACGGUCACACCGAAUGAUGCCUGUGUGGUACUUUUCACAUCUGGCAGUACUGGUAAUCCCAAGGGAAUUAUCCAAGAGCACCGGAGCUAUGCAUCUGCGCUCACUGAUUACAUCCGUGUCAUGGGGAUGGGACCGCACUCCCGACUGUUUCAAUUCGAUGCAUACGCAUUUGACAUCAGCAAUAAUGACCUUCUCGCUCCUCUAAUUGCCGGUGGCUGCUGUUGUGUACCCACCAAAUCCAUGACCAUCCCUGCACUGAUGAGGGACCUGGAUGAGCUGGAGGCUAACAUAAUGUUUGUGACGCCAUCAGUGGCGGUUGAGAUGGAUCCCGAUCUCGUCCCAACACUUAAAACGAUGUGCAUUGGUGGAGAGCCUCUAUCCGAUACUGUUUUAACCAAGUGGAUGAGCCGUGUCCGUGUGAUCAAUCAGUACGGAAUGGGAGAAGUUGCAUCUCUCUGUGCUCAUAACCCCAAUCUUCAGCUUGGUCGUGGAGCCGUCGUUGGGCGCCCGGCUAGUGGAGCUAUCUGGAUUGUUAGCCCUGACACUCCAGAUCAACUUAUGCCCGUCGGCGCCGUGGGAGAGCUUCUCAUUGAAGGACCUCAUAUCUCGCGGGGGUAUCUCGAUCAUGUAUCGGGUAAAUCGGAGAACUUUCUCGCUACACCUCCAACCUGGAUGGCUCAGAUUCAUUCCGACCGCCCAUCACAUCGGUUCUAUCGCUCAGGCGACCUAGGCCGGUACAACCACGACGGCACAAUCGAGCUCAUCGGCCGGAAAGACACUAUGCUGAAACUUGACGGUGCGAGAGUAGAAGCCGGCCAGGUCGAAUUCGUUCUUCGCAAGCACCUAUCCACAGGCGACGUCGCAUUGGUGGACGUUCUCGGCACCGUGGAUGGAGUCAGCGAGCGCAUUAUCGGCGUCUAUCUCUACCUCGCCAAUAACCCAAUGAAUUUCGAAGAGGGCCCCGUGGAAGAAAUGCAAUUUCGGGCAAUUAAGGACCGCCAUGCCAUCUCCUCUCUUACACAGGCUAUGAGCAAUGAAGUUCGACAGAGUCUGCCCCGGUAUUAUAUUCCCAGUUUGUUUUUGCUUAUUGAGCGUGUGCCGCGCACUAAAUCGAAGAAGACUGAUCGGCGAAAGCUCCAUAUGCUGGGGCAGGCUUAUUAUAUGGCUCAUCGGGAGGAGUUGAAAGAUAUUAUUCACUGGCCUGAAUGGGUUUGA